UUGGUCUGUUAAAAAAAUAUAUAUUUACUUAACGUUUAGUUAAUCAUUUCGGAAACCUUCAAUCUUAUUAUUAUAAAUCAUCCUAUAGGACUAAGCCCAGUAUUUUUUGUUAGAGCUUCGACAUAAUUACACAAUUUCCAUUUAUUACUAUUGCUUUUCAGAUAAUAUUAUUUGUUUUACCAAUACGUUCAGAAGUAGCGUAGUUACCGCGUAUGUUCGUUCCAGAUAUAUGCCUGUACAAUAAACAGCUAAACUGUAUAAUGCGUGUGACUUAUAAAAUAUAAUUUUUAACACGGGGAGAUAGUUGUUAUUAAAACACAGUCACUUUGUCAUUCUGAUCACCACUGUAUCAUUUAUGGUAGUCAUGUCUUCAGAGCACAACUCUGAGUUCAAAAGUUCCGACCAGGAAUUCGCGUUUUUAUCAUCAAGCAUGCCGAGAAUGGACUCGUACGGCAAUACCGAAAACUCAUCGAAUUUAGAAACACUCAUGCAGUUAGAAGGAUUUCCAUUAAAAUUUUUCCUACUCCUAAUACUGAUCACCAUAGUUUUGAUCUUGGUCUACUACCAAAAAUCACAUGACGCUGACCACAAAAUUAAUGACCCGGAAUUCCAGAUGCCACUGUCGAGUAUGCCGAUGGGAUUAUACAAUAAAGUUGGAAUCGUCUCGAAUGGCGGUCCUUGCUCAAAAAUUGGAGUGGAUAUUAUGUCAAAGGGUGGAAACGCUGUAGAUGCUGCUAUAGCUACUUUGUUAUGUGACGGUGUUGUAUGUCCAGAAUACUUGGGAAUCGGUGGAGGUUUUUUAAUGAGCAUCUACAAUGCAACAACCAAAAAAGUUAUCACGGUAAACGCACGUGAAACAGCUCCAGCCGCAGCAAGUACUUCGAUGUUUGUUAAAAACCCCAAAAAAUCUUUGUACGGAGGAUUGGCUGUUGCAGUUCCAGGUGCACUAAAAGGCUUCUCAGUUGUAUAUAAAUUAUAUGGUGGCGGUGUUCCAUGGGAAUCGUUAUUCGAACCAGCAAUACAAUUAUGCGAAAAUGGAAUAGAUAUAAGUGAACGUCUAGAGAUAAACAUGAGGAAUAGCAGUGACAAAAUAAAAAAUGACCCAGCUCUAAGAGAAUGUUUUUACGAUGAAGAAUAUAGUCGGUUGAAAAAAGUUGGCCAAAUUUACAAGUUACCUAAAUUAGCUGAAACACUAAAAAUCAUAGCGAAAGAAGGUGUGGAUGCCAUUUACAAUGGUUCGUUAACGUCUAAAGUAUUAAAAGAUUUAAAAAAAAUAAAAAGCAUAAUUACCAAAGAAGAUUUAGCCAAUUACGAUGUUGAAGUCAAAGAAUCUUUUCCCGUAAACUUGAAAAGUGGACAUACAAUACAUACGGGACCACCACCUAGUUCUGGUAUAAUAUUAGCAUAUAUACUCCGUGUAUUAGACGGGUUAUUACCAGCAUCCAACGCAGGUUUGGACGCUCAUCGAAUGGUAGAGGCUUUCAAAUUUGGUUACGGCGAGAGGACCCAUUUAGGGGAUCAUAAAUUUGUCGACGUGUCUGAAAUUUACGAUAAAGUAAAAUCGGAUUGUUACAUAAACGAUAUACGAAGUAAAAUAUUGGAUACAUAUUUUACUUCAUCAGAUCCAAAAUACUACGGAGCCGACUAUCACAUGUCAGAGAAUCACGGGACUGCUAAUAUCAUCGUAACGGAUUCAAUGGGAAACACUGUCGUGUGCACUAGCACAUUAAACACUUUUUUUGGAUGCGGAUUCAUGUCUCCUAGCACUGGAAUAAUUUUUAAUAACCAAAUGAACGAUUUUUCUUCUCCUGAAGUUGUUAACAACUAUGGAAUUCCGUCUUCGCCUUCUAAUUUCAUAGAACCAGGCAAAAGACCAAUGUCUUCAAUGUGUCCAACUAUAAUUACCGACAAAAAUGGGGAUUUUUUUCUUGCAAUAGGAGGAGCAGGUUUCAGCCCUUAUACUAUGGUAUAAUAUGACAUUGAAAGAGGCGAUAGACAAACCUAGAAUUUAUCACCAACUUGUUCCCAUGAAAGUUUAUUAUGAAUACGGAACAACAAAGGACGUUGUUCAAAAACUUAGAAAUAUUGGUCAUCCAGUUUUGAGGUUAAAUAAUGUGGUUUCUGCGGCAACUGCUAUUGGCAAAUCCGCUUCAGGAAUGAUCGUAGCCAUGCCAGAUUUCCGGCGACCAGGAAAUUCAUGCGGAU